CUUCAAGUCUGUGGACCAGAGGUGUUAACAAAAGUUAUUAAUUACUUUAAACAGAAUGGUGAAUUCUGAGGAAGGAGCAGCUGGUGUGUUGAGCCCCUUCUGACUGAGGACUGAAAAUGCCAGCAGUUGAAAGUGAAGCAAAGGCAAAAACCAAAGUCCGCUUUGAGGAAAUCUUCAGACAUCAUGCUGCCCUAACAGACACAAAGAAAUCAAAGAAAAAGAAGUUUGAUUCUCAGGAGAGUAUCAUGCUUGAUACCUUUAGAAAUAAUAUUGAUCUAUCUAAGGAAAGUGUGAAUGACGAAGCAAUUAUAAACAACACAUAUAAUCCUGAAGAAGAGAGUCCCCGAUUUACAAAAAAUAAAUUGAGAGAGAAAGCCUCAAUUGCAGAAAAAAUAAACAAUGAUAUUGUUAGUGGAGAGAAGAACAAGCAACCAAAGUCAAACAGAAAGAAAAAGAAACCACUGUUACAAGAGCAAUUUAAUGAGGAGGAAGAAUUAUAUGAAGCUAAAUUGGGGAGUUUUGAAAAAAAGACUAAUGAUUUUCCAAAGAAGAAAACAAAAAGUAAAUCACAAACAGAUGUACCUCAUCAAGAAAGUGAUAGAAAGAUUAAAAAUUCCUUGACUGAAGUGAGAAAUGUAACUGAAUUAGAAGAGGAAGAACAGCUCAUUCAAGCCUAUCAGCUGCAUGUGGCUGAGGAUGAGGCAAAUGCAAUUAAAAACAAAAUUAGAAAGAAACUUAAAGAACAGAUGUCUGAAGCUGCCUCUACUGUUCAAAGCCAGCAAGUCGCAUUGAACAAUGAAGUGGGCAAAAAGAAGAAAAAGAAGAAAGAAAUAGCAGUUUUAAGUGAAGCUGAAACAAGUGCAAUGUCCCUCUCUGAGCUGCAGCAUCAUCCUGCAGAAGAUGACAAUGAAAAUCAGUCAGUUGAAACACUGUUUACAUCAGAAGCACAGAAACUGGAGGAAAGAAUGGCUAAACAAAAAUCUAAAGCAAAGAAGGUUAAAAAGAAAACCAGAAAAG